AUGCUGUUAGCGACAUCUGCUAGCAGCAUAAGCUUCAUCUCAGCUUGUAAAUUGAUACUUACAGUGGCAGAUAUUCAGCCCAUCACAGCAGCGUCAGGCUGUGAGUCCCUGUUGAGAAACCUGGUGUUGGCAGAAAGCAUCAGGGAAGAGCUCCAGGACACACCAUGGGAUGUCUUUUCAACAAGCUACAAGUGCUUUGGAAUUGCUGGUGGCAAGGAUCUUGCCAACCCAGCUCCCUCUGUUUUUGUGAAAUUAGCAGGGCUCCUGUUGACAUCGUUGGCUGCUUGGCACAUGGGUGCUUUCUUGCCCAAAGAGACAAUAAAAUCUUCUGUUGAUAAUCUUCAAGACAUUGGAAAGAAACCACUAUUGAGGGCCCCAUUCACAAAAAGGCAGAAGUGUGAUCACUGGUCUCCCUGCCCACCUGGGGACUAUGCCUAUUGAAUCCUUAGUGGUGGUGGCAAAGCAAAGCUGGCUAAAAUUUGUUUCAUGGAUUCCAGGCUUAUGAGUGAAGAGAAGGGGAAUGUUAGAAGAGGUACAAACAUUGCCAUUGUGAAUUUUAAAACAGGAAAAGUUUCAUCAGCAAGAUAUUUCAACAUGGAGUGGAAUGGAGACCAUUCAGGAGAGAUGACAACUUUCAUUAACAAUGCACCAGAGGGAUCCCUCCUUUCGAUGGUGACUCAAGAUGAUGGAAGCACACAGUUGAAAAAUGGUGCCAAAAACUAGUGGGAAAGCUGGGAAGUAAGGAAUAUGAAGUUCAGGCCAAGCUGGGCUUUUAUAGCUGCCAAAGGCUUCAAGCUGCCAGAUAAUAUACAAAAAGAAAAGGUCAGACUAAUUUUCUUUUCACUUUGUAUUUGUCUGUAUAUCAGGUGUAACCUUCUGGUGCAGAUUUCCCCAGUAGUGUUCAUCUGUAUGACAGAGAGACAGACAGAAAUACAAAAAACCCAAUACAGAGAGCACUCUGACAAGAAGAACAACAAAUAUGGUGGUGGGCCAGCUGAAGUCCAAAUAGAAGGCUGUAUCCCAAGAAACCUGAUCUGA